UGUGUGUUAAAUGUGUUUAUCAGUUAGUUCGAGUCGAAUGGUAGAAUCAUCAUGGUCAACAGUCACAAGUGUAUAGUUUUUCUAUCGUUUGGUAUAUGGUCAGCUCAAGCGAUUUACUUACCACCUUGGCAGUCAGGCGAAGACGGACGUAUCAAGUGGGCGCACAACUGCGACUUUAACGGCAAUUAUCUAGGGAAAGUUAGAUCAAACGGUGAAGAGUGUGGAGGAUUGUGCUUUCAAAAGCCAGAAUGUACUCGUUUUUUGUGGACUUACGAAAAUAGGGGAACUUGCCAUUUUAAAAGUGGAAAUGAAAAGGCUUUCUUUGCUGAAAAUGGAGGAAUUUGCGGCUACGUGGCUGUGGAAAAAGUUAUUGUGGAUGGCAUAAGCUGGGUGAUGGCAGACGCACAUCGAAUCAGAUGGGCUGCAAACUGUGAUUUUACAGGGCUUAAUAUCGAGGAACGGAAAAUUCCGGGUGAAAUGUGUGGAUCACAAUGCCUUUCGCGUCUGGAUUGCAUUGGAUUUGUUUGGACCAACUACGAAGGUGGAACAUGUUGGCUGAAGUCACGUGGACAUCCAAUUCUUGCCUACACUGGAACUGGCGGUGUUUGUGGAGAAAUUAUUGGCCGUAAGGCAUCUUACGGAUCAUCGACGCAGUCAAGGUCCAUCCUAUCCCGCUCAUAUCAUCAUAAUCAUCUCUCUGUACUACGAACAUUUAACAGCUCUUCUCACAUUUGCAGUGACUACAAAAGAAAGUCUGAGUUAGCUUGCAAUGAAUACACGGACAUUGCAUCACACUAUCGCAUUAGAAUUGGUGAAUCGUCACAGAGAAAUGAGUUUCCUUGGAUGGCUGCACUAGGUUAUCGAUUAAGUGGUAGUAUUGAGUUUCGCUGUGGUGGAACAAUCAUCUCAGACUACUAUAUACUAACGGCUGCUCAUUGUGUCGACCCGGAACCGGAAAUCGUUCAAUUGGGAACGCAUAUCUUAAAUGAUGCAAAAAAGACGAACAUGCUGGUUGAGAGUUGCCAAAAACAUGAACAUUUCUCCUUCGAAGCGCGUAAAAAUGACAUUGCGCUAAUCAAAUUAGAAAAACGAAUAACAUUCAGUAACAGAAUUUUACCGGCUUGCCUAAGGACCAGCAGCAAUGACCUCCCUUGGAAUCAAGAACUGAUCGUAACAGGAUGGGGAAUAACGGAAGAUGGAAAUCUUUCGGAUGUUUUGAAGAAAGCCAGCCUUCGGACUACACAACUGAGUUCUUGUCAGGCAGACUACCUAAAAGAAGGACCAGAACCGAAAAAUCACAUCAGCGAUAGUCAAUAUUGUGCAAUUGAUCCUGACGGAAUACGCGAUGCUUGUCAAGGUGAUUCUGGCGGCCCAAUACAAUUAUUAGAUAAUUCACCGUUGGCUACUGUGGUCGGUGUCACAUCAUUUGGAAAAGGCUGUCCAUCGAAAUUGCCGGGAGUUUAUUCAAGAGUCAGUUCUUACGUGGACUGGAUUGAAGCCAAAGUUUGGGACGAUUGAAAAAGAAACGUAAUUUUUAUAGACAUUUUAUUAAAACUUAAUUUUUGGACAUAAAA